AUGUUUAGGAGACGGAAAUCACAACACCAAAGCAAGCAAGAAGUGCCAAAAGAAGAAUUGUCAAGGUUGCAGCAAGAAACAACCCAAGCUCAUCAGCAGCAGCCACAGCAGCAGACGCAUCGAAGCAAUUAUGAAGCAUCAACUAAAUCGAAACUACUAUCUAGUUCAAGCCAGAGUACAUCGUCCACUGCUACACGUAGGGGAAGCAGCAAUGUUUCUCCACGGGAGUAUAAUAUAGAACUACUUCAUACUGGAGACAAGAAAGAACCAGCGGAGAUUCAACACACGUAUACUAGUGCCACCAAUGAGACAAAUGAUAGCGACGAUUGUUUGUCACCCUUGACAUCAGGAACAGAUGGUCGAGAAGCUAGCGACACCCAGUCAAUGGCGUUAUCAGAGACAGAUACACUCUGCGCCGCCCGAAAGCAAAGACUUGAAUUGCAAGAUGUUUACAUUGAUAAUUUCUCAAUGUACUUACCAUUUCUUGUACGGCAGUUGCGAUUGGCGGAGAAUCGUGCCCAAGAUGAGGAUCGUCGUCGUAGGCAAGCUCGUGCCAGAGCUGGACGUGGUGGGCCACCACUUGAUCAUUUUGAUGAGGAUUAUGAUGCCGAGAACGAUACAAUUGCCGAUGACGACUUGUCGACAAUAUUCAACGACAGUCAAUCGCCCGAAGAGCAGUAUGAAAUUGACAAUCAGAGAAUAAUGCAUCGCAAACUAUCGGCAUAUAACUACAAGCGACUGGUUGUAUUUGUUGGAUGUUCGUUGAAAAGUGGUGUAUUUAUAUUCCCCACUGCGGCAUCGUUCAAACUAUUUAAACAACUACGAUCCAAUAUUAAACAGGAGAGGAAAAGUUCAAUGAUUGUGUAUGACGCAGAUGGAAACAUCAAAAAAGUCACUUCAUCCAAUGGUAUCAACAGGAGUGAAUUUACAAAGCCAGGCGAAGGCAAUGACGAGGUGGUGGAUGACAGGAACCAUAUCAUACCUGUAAGUUAUAAAAUCAAGGGUCAAGGUUUACCACUCUUGAAAAUGCACCUGCCAUAUAUGUCAACAUUUCGUAAAAACACCCCCUACCUCAUUUUCAAAAAGUUUAAGGAAGUCCCAUCGCCACCAAAACCGGGCGAUCCAAAGCAAAAUGACGUUGAUUUUGAAACAUUUGAUUAUUGUUAUGUUUACCUGAAAUACUCGCUGAAUUAUCGUCGAUUCAUAUUUGAAUUUUUCCCCAAUACUGCAUCAUGUUUCAAAGUCGUCAUGUUUGAAUCGAGUUUUAAGCCAUUUGCCGAUUUCAAUUACAAGGGCACGAGAUUUAGAGUUAUUGGAACUACCAUAUCAACUGGAUUGGUAUGUGAAUAUAAUCCUCAUAUGCGAUUACUUGCUAUUGAUGAUGACCAACCAUCGCUAUGCGAUGGUAUAGUGAAUAAAAAAUCGUCAUCAGGGUUUAUGAAGUUGAAAAAAUCGUCGAAUGAAGGUUCAUCAUCACAUGUUGAAUUCAACAUCAAUGAUCCGACUACAUUUAUUAAUCCAAUUCCUAAUAGCAAGUUUUUGAACUCUGAUGGGUUUUCAGACUAUUGUCAACGAGCUACAUUCAUCCCUAAUAAUCUUCCACCAUUUGGAUGUUAUAAGGAUGUCAAUUUAUACAAACCAGAGAAUGUCAGUUUUAUUCCUAAAAAGUAUUCUGAAAUUGGUAAAUCGGAAAUCUAUCAAGAUUUACAAUCACUAUCAUUAUCAUCACCAGCAGCAGCAACUCGAAAUAACGAACAACAACAGUAUACAAGUAAAGAAUUGUUGAAUAGCACUUUGUCAGUGGAUCAAGAUACAUUGGUGAUAACGGUGCUUUUGAGUACCUUGAGAGAGGUCAAUGUGAAGAAUGCCAAUAAAUCAACUGGAAACCCGACAGGCAGAACCGGUGUGGGUGUAAUGGGCAGUGCCAAUUUUGGAUUCAUGACAACUGGAUUGUCAACAAUUUAG